AAGCCUCCGUUCAGGGGGGCACAAGCUGGGCUCCGGUGACGCGCGCGCGGGGGGCGUUGGUUGGCCGCUCCAGCGCCACCGGAAUGCCAUGGGGGACCUGGUCGCUGGCGGCGCUCGCGGUGGCGCUGAGGCUGUGCCCGGGCGCCGCGGAGCGCGAGGAGCUCUUGCUGCUUCAGUCGAAGAGCUCGCGCACGGAGAGGACGAAGAGCACGUGGCACAGCGAGUGGGAUUUGGCGAGAAUCCCAGGGGAGCAGAAGAUCCCCUUGGGCGAGGAGUUGGAACUCAGCUUCUUUAGCGUGGUUCCCACCUUUGGCCAGGAUGGAAACUUCAUUGCGUUGCUUCACUUCAACUCCUGGAAGAUUGCCGAGUACCUGAAGGACGAGAAGCAUCGAUUGUUUUGCUCGGGCGCCAACCGGUCGCACGUGACGCCGCUGCGCGUCUACGGCCCGCGGCGGAACGUGUCUGAGGAGAAGCACGGCUUGAACUUCCUCUGUGACUGGCCAGCGGCCGAAGCCCACCUGGAACGCUUCGAGGUCUUCUUGGAGGACGCCACUGGAAAGGCGCUCGGUAGUGUGCUGGCCGAGCGAAAAGACGGGCUGCUGCAGCAGUAUCGUAGUGCGGCCUGUGUGCGAGACGUCUUCUUCAACAAUGAGAGUAGCUUCAAUCAUGCUUACAAGAUGUUGCCAGAAUGGCUGGAGUAUUCACGGCUACAUGGCAUCGAGCACUUCUUCAUGUACACCUUUGGAGAGGUGGAUCCCACCAUGAGGCACAUGCUGGAGGUGUAUCUCGCCAAGGGUUGGGCGUCCCGGAUCCACUUCGAGCGCUACCCGGACACGGUCGAGCGCCAGCAUGCGAUCAUGGAGGAUUGCCUCUACCGUGCCAAAGGCCACGUUCAGUGGCUGCUGCCCUCCCUGGACCUCGACGAGUUCCUGCGGCCCGGCAACGCCACGCAGCUCGCGCAGCUCUGGGGCUCUGCGUCGGUUCCGCAGGACUACCUGCGCAGCGUGUGGGAUGAGAUCGUCAGGCACGAGGGGAAGAAGACUGGUAAGGUCAGGAGCAUCAGCUUUGAUCUGUAUCGCUACCAGCGCGCUCCGCCGAAUCAGCUGGAGAUGUUCUCCGAGAAGCGCUCGCCGCUGAACGGAGGUUCCCCACUGCCCAAGUAUGCGGCCAACGUGAGGAAGGUGCAGAGCUUGUGGGUCCAUUGGCCCCAAGUCUACGAGGAGUCCACCCUAGAUCUUCGUGUCAACAAGUCCAUCUUGGUGGCCAACCACUACAAGAGCAAGAAGAAAGAUGGAAAGAUGAUUGGAUGUGAGGGCAAACCCCUCCUCACAUUAAAGGUUGCCUUUGCUCCUUUGCUAGGCCGCGAGCCUUGCGGCGCUCAGGCAGCCGAAGCCACGAUGGGAGGAGGAUGAAAGAUAGAAUGUCCAAGAGGAAUUGCAGUGCAUCGCCCCAUCUACAGCCAUCCGGGAAAGCGGUAACCCUUACCAUCAUGUGCCGCAUGUGUUGGCUGCCUUCGGUUGCGCACUGACUUGAAGCUGUGUCCGACUUUGUGUUUCUUCUCGGUGCUCACCAAAGCCGGGCACCACGGCCCAAUGAAGCUGGGUAGGUGGGUGCGGUGCCAAGUGGGGUGACAGCGGCGGGCUCCAAGUUGCACGCCGAGGAAGACCUUCCCCAUCUUCGACAGCGCGCUUCGCGGCGACGCAGUGGUGGUGGCUGAGCGGCUGCGGCAUCGCUUCGGCAAAGAUGUGGCACAGCUGCUGGAGGGCUUGGCAGCUACAAGGCCUUUGGCCUCAGGCCAAUGAAGGGGUGGGUGGUUUGGUGGUUUGGUGGAAAGGGCGUGGGUUGGAUUGAGUUGGUUCAAAGUUUUUACCCGUGUUGUUGUUGUUGUUGUUGCCAUGAGGAACGACCCGCUGAUGUGCGAAAUGAAGGCACUUCACGGCUCAGCAGUAUGGAUGCUUGUGGCAGGAAGACUGAAAGCUCAUUCACAACAACGAUCACGAGCAGCACAAGAACUUCAGGACAUAGCAUAUCCCCGCCGUCCAGGGAACCGCCGCCAUUGAGAGACAUUCUCUGUGGCGCUCUUUUGGGUGCGCAGCUGAUCAAUGACAGCUGCUGGUGCUGGGCCAAUGCAGGCCUCUUAUGCACCUUGUGGGCCUUGCUGGGACGAUCCAGCUUUUCUCUUGAUGAUUUUGGCUCUCAACUACGACCUGUUCGAGCCUUCCUUCAUCGAUUACAGACCAUGCCGGGGACAAGCGUGGCUCUUUCAUUCCCUGACCUCCUCAGUCAUGCGGCUCAGAAGUGUAUGCCUCGGGAUGUUGGGGAGUUCGUUUCAGAACUUGUGGAUUGGCUGGAAUCUCAAGCCAUUUCCAUGACAUGGGAGAGACGAUUCACUGCUGGUUCAAAAGUUGAGCGCCCAGAAGCUGGCACGUGGCAGCAUCCCAUUGCAUUGGACUGUUUGUAUGAGUUGGAUAUCCCUACACCUACCAUGACACAGCUUUUGCAGCCAUGGAUUCAUGCAGAAUCAAUGCGGUCAGCCUUCACUUCGGUUGGCACUUUGAAAUGCAUUUACAUUGACAGAUCUGUCAUGCUGAUGCCUGCCCUAGGUCACAACAACCUGAUCGAGUUGGAGGACGAGCUUUUCUUGCCCUUCUUCAC